AUGCUCGAACCUUCAAAUUCAAGAGCAGUUCCUGGUAGCCAAUUGGAUCUAGUUAGCAAACUGGGUGAUAAAAAUUAUAAAGUCACUAGUACUUUUACAGACAUCUUGGUUUUUACUUUGACGAAGCACCAGCGGUUGCACAUGGAUAUCGAUAAACCGUACCAGUGUGAUGAAUGCGGCAAGUGGUUUAGCACUAAUAGUAACCUCACGGUACACCUGCGCGCGCACAUGGGUGAUAAGCCGUACCCUUGCGACCUGUGUGAAGAAUGGUUCCUAUAUAGCCAUAUCAUGAAGGUACACCGACGGAUCCAUACAGGCGAAAAACCUCACUUGUGUUACGUGUGCGGCAAGUCGUUCACUCAAAUCGGUACUAUGACGAGACACCAGCGGAUUCACACGCACGAGAAAUCGUACUCGUGUGACGUGUGUGGAAUGUUGUUCACUCAAAUCGGUUCUAUAACCAGACACCGACAGAAGCACACAGACCUGAUCUGA